AACAAACAAUGCUUCCCAACUGGCUAACAAACGAAUAUUUCCAGCCGUGGCUGCAAAAGUACUACAAGGACGAAGGCCUCAAGGUGCUCAAGAUCUGGGCCAAGCCGGCAGGUGGAAAAGGUGAGAACUUUGUCGGAGUGAUGACUCGCAUCCAAGUGGACUUUCAACAAGGGGAUGGAGUGCUGAAGAAUGAGUCGUAUAUCGUCAAACAGGCCCUAUCCCCGGAUAUUCCCCAGACAGCGGUUUUCGUGGAGUACGAUUUGUACCAGCGGGAAAUGAACAUGUACGAAUUUAUCCUGCCUAAGCUAAAGGAGAUCCUUCAGGAAGCAGGACUACAUGAGAAGCUUACAGCCGACGCCGUUGUAGUUGAUCGUGAACGCAGCACUAUAAUCCUGGAGGACUUGACCUCACUCAAGUACAAAAAUGCGAAUCGUGUGAAUCUGUUGGGUAUGCAUCACACCAAGGUGACUGUGGAAAUGCUGGCCAGGUUUCAUGCCGCUGGAGUGGUUCUAAAACAACGUCAUCCCGAGCUCUUGAGUCAAUGCUUCUUUACGAACUUCUUUUCCCGCGACAAGAAAGCCUAUACCGAGGUUUAUACGGGCCUAUAUCGAGCAUUUAUGCGUUUUAUUGAUACACAACCGGAAUUAAAAAAGACAUACGGCGAAAAGCUGGAAAAGUUGCGUCCUCACAUCAUGGAGUAUGGAGCUCGAGCUUACGACGUGACCGACCAGGACUUGCAGACCUUAAUCCAUGGCGAUUGUUGGACCACCAAUGUGAUGUACCAAUACGACAAUGAGGGAACCCCAAUACAUGUCGUCGGCAUUGACUUCCAGUUCAGUAAUAUUACAUCGCCGGUAAUCGACUUGCACUAUUUUUUCACCACAUCACUGAGGGACGAAGUGAAAGAGGAGGAAGCCGAGCUUGUAAAAUUCCAUUACUUAACCCUAAAAGAAAACUUAAAGAAGCUAGCCUAUCAAGGACCCUUUCCAAGCCUUCAGGAGUACCAGGAUCAGUUUGAGCGACGCCGAUUCAAGAGUCUGAUGGCAAACUUAUUUAAGCCAGGUAUGACGUACAAUGGCACUGAAGAUGUUUCGGACUUUUCGGACCUUUAUUCAGACACCCCCAAAGGAAGACAUGUUCAGAAAGCAAUGUACACCAACGAGUUAUAUCAGCAAAGUAUUCCUAAAUUGUUGGCUCUUCUGGAUUCGAAGGGUGUUUUGGAUAUUCAAUAG